UCGCUGCCGUUCUACACCGUGGCGACAAUACUGUGCCGCUUCUACGAUUACUUAAAUACCAGCCUCCGCUUCCAACUUCUCAAAGCAGAGGAGCAAGAGGACCCGUCCGAACUACCUCGCUAGUAUGAUAAUCAGCACCAUAAACCACUGAGGAUCUUAUAAAAUGCAAAUGCCGAGCUUCAGCAAGAUGGAGCGAGUUAUCGUAGCCAUGCAAGACCCCGAUGUCGGGAUAAAGACCCGAAACCAGAGACUUGUGAUCACGGUUAUCCCGCACGCAAUGACCGGAAGUGAUGUGGUCGACUGGCUGAUGCAGAAGUUUAACAUCAGCGAGGAAGAGGCGCUGCACGUGGGGAACCUCAUAGUGAAGUACGGCUACAUCUACCCACUGAAGGAGCCCAAGAACCUGGUGCUCAAGCCUGACGAAACGCCCUACCGCUUUCAGACUCCAUACUUCUGGACUACAAACAAGUGGCCCUCCUCUGAGCUUGAUUACGCGAUUUAUUUGACAAAGAAGAACAUCCGCAAACAAGGGGAUUUGAUCGAGUAUGAGAAGCACAAUUACAAUCUGCUGCACAAGCGUAUCAACCACACGUGGGACUUCGUGGUGAUGCAAGCCAGAGAGCAGCUCAGGGCGGCGAAGCAGAGGAGGAAAGCUGAUCGAAUUGUGCUGGACUGCCAGGAACAGGCCUACUGGCUUGUCAACAGACCUCCGCCAGGCACUUUCGACAUCUUGGAGCACGGCCCUGAGCGAGGGAACUGUCUGCACUCCCGAGUCCAGCUGAACAGCGAACACUACAAAAAACAGAUUGAACUCACGAAGAAAGCCUUGAUUCGGACGCGGGUCAAGUCUUCCAUCUGCCUGGAGGGGGUUAUGAAGUUCACUGAACAGUAUCAAUCCCAUGAUCCCAUCAUGGCAGGAUGCCUUCCCAGCAACCCGUGGAUAACUGAUGACAUCAUGUACUGGUCCAUGAACGCCAGCGAGGUGGUGACCCCAACCAAGCUGAGGGUGGAGCGCUGGAGCUUCUCCUUCACGGAGCUGCUCAACGACCCGCUGGGACGCAAAGAGUUCAUGCAGUUCCUGGAGAAAGAGUUCAGUGCUGAGAACUUGUGCUUCUGGGAGGCGUGUGAAGACCUGAGACACGGAGAGCAUUCAAAGAUAGCGCAGAAGGUGGAAGAGGUGUACCAACAGUUUCUCGUACCCGGGGCCAGCAAGUGGGUGAACAUCGACAGCAAGACGAUGGAGAAGACGCUGGAGGGGAUCAAAUCGCCACACCGCUAUGUCCUCGAUGACGCACAGAUGCACAUCUACUUCCUGAUCAAAAAGGACUCCUAUCCGAGGUACAUGAAGUCCCAGAUGUACAAGAGCUUGCUAGCCAGAGCCAUCGUGCCGCAGGAAACCAAGAAAGGCGUGUUUCCCUUCAUGAGAAGGCAGCGUCACUCCAGCCCGAGUCCCGUCCUUCUGACUCAGCCCGGAGAGGAUGCUGGGAAAAGCAAACCCGCCACGAUGACCAUGCCCGGAACUGUCUCCCAGGUGGAGGAAUAAAACAAAGCCGGCGCUCCGCACUCGCUGCUGCCCUCCUUCUCCUGAGCGAGAGCUCUCCCGUCUUCCAGGUGCUGUGCUGUUCCCACCACCAGCGCCUCACUGCAGCUGUGUGUGUGUGUAUCUGGACCAGCGGGGUGGUAGGACCCUGAUCAAUAAGAUGAAUGUGUCAGUGUGCCCCCCCACAAAACUAUAUGCUGCACUCCUGCUAUGAAACGCAUUUUAAAACGUGAAAUUUAAACGAGUGUUACCUCAACGAUCAGGUACCAUGAAGGGGAAAGACAGCCCAGAAUUAGAACCUAUUACCUGCCUCCCAGUAUUUCAGGGGACCCGCUGUCAGGGGACACACCCUAGAGAAGCGAGGGGAGGCAGGUGGAGUGUCUGUGAGUUUGUGAGACAGAGCAGCUGGGAGGGAGAGACAAUGGCAGCAGCAACACACAGCUCCAUGUAUAUUCCUGGGAAUGUUACUAAUUCUCCCCACACUGUUUCAGCUUCUGAGUAAUAAAUGACC